GGUCAACAGGUGUUGACGUUGUUGUAUCUCUUUGUGGUUGCGGUGGCCGACAGAAUGUUGCAUUCGUGGGCGAAGACGUUGAGGGAACAUCAUGAGAAGAAGAUGACAAGAACAUUGGAGUUGGAGAGGACAACGAUGUUGACGGGGACCGCCAGUGCAAGUUGUAGUGCCUCUCCACCUUCUGCAAAACAGAAGAAGAGCAAAAAAUCGAAGUUGAGUUACGAUUAUCACGCCAGACAGGUUCUUUGCCGGCUGCUCCAGAGGAUGCUCGUUUUAUUGCAGAUCUUAGCUGCUCACACAUGUUUGAUCUGGGUCUUUUUAACGACGCCGUCGGCUCCCUUGACCACCAACGCAACGUUCCUAGCUCAGUCGCCAUUCUUAGCCGUGCUCUAUAUGCUGUAUUUCGCUUACCUGCUACUCACCUGUAUCCAGCAGAGGUACGAUCCGCACUGUCGGCAUUGCACGAGGUCAGGAC